GGAGCACAAUUUUUGAACAUCUCAAAAAUUUUGCAAAUGUAUGGGGUAAAUCCAAGUCAAAGAAAAGAAAAAGGAGUAGUGAUGAUCAAGAAAGGUGGAAAAAACGAUCAAUCUUUUUUGAGUUACCUUAUUGGAAAGAGUUACAUGUUCGUCACAAUUUGGAUGUGAUGCACAUAGAGAAGAAUGUGUGUGAAAGCAUCAUUAAUACACUGCUAAAUGUGGCUGGUAAGACAAAAGAUGGACUAAAAGCUCGGUUAGAUUUACAAGAAAUGGGUAUUAGGAGUGGACUACACCCUCAAGAGCGAGGGACUAAGAAGUAUCUUCCUCCAGCCAUACAUACACUAUCAAAGGACGAGAAACACUUAUUUUGUGAACGUUUGUCCUUGUUAAAAGUACCCGAUGGGUAUAGUUCAAAUAUUCAAAAUUGUGUUUCAUUGGAAGAAUGCAAGCUUACGGGCCUUAAGUCACAUGAUUGUCACAUAUUGAUGCAACAAUUACUACCUAUGGCAAUAAGAGGAUUGAUGCCUAAAGGUCCAAGGGAUGCUAUAUUAAGAUUAUGUAAAUUCUUUAAUCAAAUCUGUCAACGAGUUAUUGAUAGAGAGAGCUUAAUUGCUAUUGAAAAUGAGAUUCUUUGAAACAUUAUGCUUGCUUGAGAGAUUCUUUCCACCGUCCUUUUUUGAUGUUAUGAUUCAUUUGGUUAUUCAUAUUGGCCGAGAAGCACGAUUAUGUGGACCUGUUCAAUUUCGAUGGAUGUAUCCCUUUGAGAGACAUAUGAAGACACUAAAAGCAUAUGUCAGAAAUCAAGCAAGGCCUGAAGGUUGUAUUGCAGAGUCCUAUCUUGCAGAUGAGUGUAUGAAUUUUUGUAAUGAAUUCAUUAAGUCAACAAUUGGGUUGAACAAAAAAAAGCAUCGCAACGAAGAGUGGGUCAAUGAUGUGUUAUUUGAGGGUCGUCCAAUUUCUAGAAAGCAUGACUUUACAAUGACAGAUGAGUGGUUAGAAAUUGCACACCGAUGCGUUCUACUGAAUACAUCUAUUGUGGAGCCUUUUCUAGAGUAUGUCCCUGAAGGAUUAUAAUUGUUUAUCUUUAUGUUAAAAUAGUAAUUUUUAAUCAUUUUAUCAAAUUAAUUAGGAUGCAUAAGGACGAGUUAAGGAAAACCAACCAAAUUUAUGCAAGAAAUAGUGGCUUGCUUUGGAAAAGGCAUGUAGAGACAUUUCC